AAAAUGAAGGCCAGAAAAGGGGGAAGAUUUAGAUCUUCCUUUAAACUGAAACGUAAAGGCAUUGAAGUAGUAGGGGAAUGGAAAACUGUGGAGAUCGAUCCCAAUCUGUUUGCUGAGGAGGAGUUUCGAGAUAUAGUGUGCUUGGAGGAACUCACAGAGUACAAGCUAGUAAGUUCUUCCAAAGUGGGGAAAAUAAAAGAGAAGAAGAGAAAGGCUGAGAGUACUUCCGACAAAGGGAAUGAGGAGGUGGAAGAACCUGUAGUCCCUCCAAAAAAGAAAAAGAAAAACAAAGAUUUGAGAAGCCAUACAGAUAAAGGCAAUACUCAUAAUGCAGCAGAAAUUGAUGUGCUGGUUGAUCAAGAGGCAAAACAUAAUGAAAUAAUUGAAGAAGGUAAUUGUGAAGACCGUGAACAUGUGACUGAAAGCGUGUCAAGCAGAAGAGACACUCCGAAGAAGAAGAAAAAGAAGGUACCUAAAAACAAGGCUUUUCAAGCAGAGGAAGCCCUUCCAUCAGUAGCUACUUCUAAAAAAGUCAAAAACUGGACAACAGAAGUUUUAUCUGCCUCAACUGAUCAAAAAGCUGAUGUGUCUGCAUGGAAAGACCUGUUUGUACCUGGGCCAGUGUUGCAGGCCUUGAGCUAUCUGGGGUUUAGUGCUCCAACUCCUAUUCAAGCUUUAGCUUUGCCUUCUGCCAUUCGGGAUAAUAUGGAUGUUCUUGGUGCUGCAGAAACAGGAAGUGGCAAAACGCUUGCAUUUGCAAUUCCAAUGAUUCACUCUGUGCUGCAGUGGCAAAAAUCAAAUAACUCAACAGCCAGAAAUGACAGUGUUUCUAAAGAGUCCCAUCAGCAUCAUGAUGAAGCAAGAUGGGAAAAUGAGGAUGAAGCAGAAAAAGUAACCCAUCAGCAGGUUGAAGACAGUGGAGAUGAAGAUGAUGCAUCUUUCACAACAGGCUGUGUGAAGGUCCUGGAAAAUGUUGAAUUUGAAUCCAAUGAUGAGACACAUACUGUUGACUCCCAUAAAAAAAGACCUCUUUUAGGACUGGUCCUUACUCCUACAAGAGAAUUAGCUGUACAAGUAAAGCACCACAUUGAUGCAGUUGCAAAGUUUACAGGCAUUAAGACUGCAAUCCUAGUAGGAGGCAUGGCUGCACAGAAGCAAGAACGUGUACUGAAUCGAAAGCCAGAAAUUGUAAUUGCAACCCCAGGCCGUCUGUGGGAGUUAGUUAAAGAGAGACACCCACAUCUUUCAAAUCUUCGUCAGCUCAGGUGCCUUGUGAUUGAUGAAGCAGACCGAAUGGUUGAGAAGGGUCACUUCUUAGAGCUGUCUCAGUUGCUGGAAAUAUUAAAUGAUUCACAGUAUAACCCUCGACGACAGACUUUUGUUUUUUCUGCCACUUUGACUUUAGUCCAUCAGACUCCCACAAGAGUUCUACAAAAAAAGAAUGCUAAAAAGAUGGACAAGAAGACCAAAUUAGAAUUGCUAAUGGAAAAAGUAGGAAUAAAGGGCAAACCCAAAGUAAUAGACUUAACAAGGAAAGAGGCUACUGUUGAGACUCUGACAGAAACCAGAAUCUACUGUAACACAAAUGAGAAAGACUAUUAUCUCUAUUACUUUCUUCUCCAGUAUCCAGGAAGAACCAUGGUCUUUGCGAACAGCAUAGACUGUGUAAAACGCCUCAGUUCUCUCCUCACAAUCUUAAAUUGUGAUCCUCUUCCUUUGCAUGCCAACAUGCACCAAAAGCAAAGGUUGAAAAACCUGGAAAGGUUUGCUGAGCGAGAGAGCUGCGUCCUCCUGACAACAGAUGUUGCAGCUCGUGGUCUUGAUAUUCCUAAUGUCCAGCAUGUGAUCCACUACCAGGUCCCUCGGACUUCUGAGCUGUACGUGCACAGAAGCGGCCGAACAGCCCGAGCUGCCAACGAGGGCCUCAGCCUGUUGCUGAUUGGCCCUGAGGACUUGAUCAAUUUUCGGAAAAUCUAUAAAACGUUGGAGAAGAGUGAAGAACUGCCAUUUUUCCCAGUUGAUGCCAAGUGCAUGAUUUCUAUUAAGGAACGGAUGAAUUUGGCAAGGCAGAUUGAGAAGGCAGAAUUUUUCAACAGCCGGGCAAAGCAACACAACUCCUGGCUUCAGCAAGCUGCAGAGGCUCUUGAGAUGGAUCUUGAUGAUGACAUGUUGAUGGGCAAAAAAGCUAGCGAGCAAGAAGAAAGCCAGAAGCAAAAGAUGCUGAAGGGAAUGAAACAACAACUGAAACAUAUGUUGUCCCAGCCACUGUUUAAAGUCCUUAUGAAAACCAAGUACCCAACACAGUCUGGAAAACUACUCUUGCCUCAGACGUCAGUGGGCAUUUCAGCUCUAGGUGCCGUGUCCAAAAAGCAAGCCAAGAAGAAGAAAUCAAUAAAAUAAAAUCAGAUUAAUUCUCUUAGUCCUGUGUUAAUACACGUUGAAUGUGCAAAAAGAAGUUAAGGUGGCAGUGGCCAGGACUGACCCUGGGAGCUGUGUAGAUCUCUGAGGAAUAAGUGUUGCUGCUCAGCAUUUUCUUGAUUAAUAUUUGAAGUUAAGUGUGUAUUUGAAAACAUGUUAGAACCAUGAUCUUUGCUGUAAUGAAGAGAUGAUCUUUUGAAAAUUGUUCCAUGAUAACUAUGUUUCAACAUAAUUUUAACCUGAUCUGGGCCAAUAUUUUUUAAACUGUUUUUAAAAAUAUGCCAGAAAAAUAUAUUUUGAAUUUUUGUUAAAUUA